UUUCGCCGCUGUAGUGUGAAACUCCUCAGGGCUUUUUAAUGUAAAUGUAGUCAAACUAAACAGUUUUAUAAGAAAAGUACUUUAAUAUUCGGAAUGUGGAUAUUUACUCAGGGUAAAAUUGAUUAAUGGUGUAAUUUGGGAGGAUUUGUGUAGCAGCGCACCGACCCGUCAGCAGCUUCAGUAGAAACUGUGGUCUUUUUCUCCAGGCUGCUUUAUUGCUCAUAUUUCAGAAUGGAGGCCUCAUGUCUGGAGCUGGCUCUGGAAGGGGAACGCCUCUGCAAGGAGAGUGAUUACAGCGGCGGAGCCUCGUUCUUCGAGGCCGCUAUGCAGGUGGGUACAGAAGACCUGCAGGUCCUCAGCGCCAUCUAUAGCCAGCUGGGCAAUGCGUACAUCCACCUUCACGACUACGCCAAGGCUCUGGAGUUCCAUCACCAUGAUCUAACACUAACCAGGACAACUGGAGACUUGCUUGGUGAGGCCAAAGCCAGUGGAAACUUGGCAAACACACUGAAAGUUCUGGGGCGCUUUGAUGAAGCAGUGGUUUUCUGUCAGAGGCAUCUGGACAUCUGCAGGGAUGCUGAGGAGAAGGUGGGGCAGGCCAGAGCUCUGUAUAACUUCGGGAACGUGUACCAUGCUAAAGGAAAAAGUAUCAGCAGCAGUGAUUCGGAGCCUGGCAACUUUCCUGAAGAGGUCACUACAGCACUUAAUAAAGCAGCAGAGUAUUAUGAGGCGAAUCUGUGCAUCGUGAUGGAGCUGGGAGACCGAGCAGCUCAGGGACGCACUUACGGCAAUCUGGGAAACACGCACUAUCUACUCGGCAACUUCACAAGCGCCGUGGCUUCUCACCAACAGCGACUGCUCAUCGCUAAGGAGUUUGGCGAUCGGUCAGCAGAACGACGAGCUUACUGUAACUUGGGAAAUGCUCACGUAUUCCUGGGCGAGUUUGAAAAAGCUGCUGAGCACUACAAGAGAGCCCUGUUGUUGGCCAGACAACAGAAAAAUCGGGCAGUGGAAGCUCAGGCCUGCUACAGCCUCGGCAACACCUACACACUACUCCAGGACUACGAGAGAGCCAUGGAUUAUCAUCUAAAACACCUCAUCAUCGCUCAGGAACUUAACGACAGGGUUGGUGAAGGUCGUGCCUGCUGGAGUUUAGGCAAUGCACACACUGCACUUGGGAAUCAUGACCAGGCCAUGCACUUUGCUGAGAGACAUCUGGAAAUUUCUAAAGAGACAGGAGACCGCUGCGGUGAGCUGACUGCCCGUAUGAAUGUUUCUGAUCUUCAGACGGUCCUCGGUCUCAGUUAUAGCACCAACAACUCGGUUCUAUCUGAGAACAAAGAGAUUGAUUAUAACCUGCACGGAGCAAGAACCAGGAUGAGCAGGCGGCACAGCAUGGAAAAUCUGGAACUAAUGAAACUCACACCAGACAAGCUCAAUUGUCAGAAGUGGGGUAGCGAUGUUCUCUGCACACAGACAAAACCCUCAUUGGCCAAGUCCUCGUCCAAACUUUUCUUCAUGAAUCUUCUGCGAGGAAAGAAGAACAGUUCCACUAAAGUCCUGCAGGACACCAGUAACACUCUGCAGAUCCCUCGGAACCAGCCUGCUCAGAAGCAUGUGAGUGCGAAUAUAUUGGGCGACGAAGGCUUUUUCGACCUGCUGAGUCGUUUCCAGGGCAACAGAAUGGAUGACCAGCGCUGCUCUAUUCAGGAGGGAAGAAGUCGCCAGUCAACUGCAACAUCCACCUCCAUGUCAAGUUUAUCUCCUCCUACAAAUAUGAAAAAAUCUUUUUCAGAGUCUGCAGUAUCACCGGGGCAGGAAGCGUUUCUAGGAGCCCUGGUCAGCGCCCAGAGCCGGAGACUGGAGGAUCAAAGGGUCGUAGGAAGUGUGCCAGUCUUGCGCAACUUCCAGUCCAGCCAGAGCUGCAGCAACAGGCAGGGUGUCCUCAGCCAGCUCAUGGCCAACGCUGACAACUCUGAACCCGACGAGCACUUUUUUGAUAUGCUGGUCAAAUGCCAGGGCUCACGUAUAAACGAUCAGAGGUGCGCCCCUCCUCCCGCCCCGGUCCGCGGCCCCACCGUCCCGGAUGAGGACUUCUUCAGCCUCAUCAUCCGCUCUCAGGCCAAGAGAAUAGACGAGCAACGGGUCACGCUGCCGUCCAUGCGCUGAAAACCGUUUUUCUUUUGCAGAUGUGGUUUCUUUGUUAAACUCCUUGAUAUGAUAUUGAAUGUGUAUCGAAGAAGCACAGCCCCAACCCCAAUGCACAAUACAUCACUAGCACUAAUAUAACUAUGGAAGUGUUCUCUUAGCUACGUACUGUAAAGACUGCGAAUAUUAAAUCCUGUACAGUGCUCUUGGACUGCAUUGUGAGAUCCUUAAAUCUUACAAAUAAUUUGUAUGCAUCACUGAAAAGGACCUUCCACAACAUUCAGCAUUGUAGCAGCUAUUUUACUACAUGGGUUUAUGAAUAUAGUUAUAUUUUUUAAAAAUUUUAUGUCAUACAGAUACAGUUUGCUUUGUGCUAUUAUAAGGGGAAAUAUGUAUUUUGUGUAUGUUUUUAUUAACACGAGGUGACUACACUGAUCAGCCAUAACAUUAAAACCACUUACCAUACAGAAGCACUUUGUAGUUCUACAAUUACUGACUGUAGUCAUCUGUUUCUCUGCAUGCUUUGUUAGCCCCCUUUCAUGCUGUUCUUCAAUGGUCAGCACUGCAGUGACACUGACAUGGUGGUGGUGUGUUAGUGUGUGUUGUGCUGGUAUGUGUGGAUCAGACACAGCAGCGCUGCUGGAGUUUUUAAACACCUCACUGUCACUGCUGGACUGAGAAUAGUCCACCAACUAAAAAUAUCCAGCCAACAGCCCCGUAGGCAGCAUCCUGUGACCACUGAUGAAGGUCUAAAAGAUGACCGACUCAAACUCAAUAUUUACGUUUACAAUUACAUUUUCGGCAUUUAGGAGACGCUUUUAUCCAAAGCGACUUACAGUAUUGUGACAGUAUACAGUCUGAGCAAUUGAGGGUUAAGGGUCUUGCUCAAGGGCCCAACAGUGGCAAACUGGCAGUGGUGGGGCUUGAACCGGCAACCUUUUGGUUACUAGUCCAGUACCUUAACCACUAGGGUACAACUGCCCCCUCAAUAGAUGAGCGAUAGUCUCUGACUACAUCUACAAGGUGGACCAACUAGGUAGGAGGAUCACUCAUACCAGUACAACACACACUAACACACCACCACCAUGUCAGUGUCACUGCAGUGCUGAGAAUGAUCCACCACCUGUGGGGGUCCUGACCAUUUAAGAACAGGGUGAAAGCAGGCUAAAAAAGCAUGCAGAGAAACAGUUGGACUACAGUCAGUAAUUGUAGAACUACUAAGUGCUCCUAUAUGGUAAGUGGAGCUGAUAAAAUGGACAGUGAGUGUAGAAACAAGCAGGUGGUUUUAAUGUUAUGGCUGAUCAGUGUAAUAUGGGUCUAGAUGCAUUUCUGCUUUUUAUUUAUGUUUAUUACUUUUAGCAUGAAGAGUUUAUAUGAGAAGAUGAAUGACUUUUUAAAGAAACGUUUAAAGAUCUUGACCAGCUAAUUUGAUCAUUUUCUGUUAGGUUAGCUAAUGUGGCUAUUCAAAAUUAACAUGCUUCCAUGAAGAAUGUAUCAGGAUUUUUAGUAUCACAGUAGCAUUUGUGUAAAUAUGAUGUGGUAAAUAGAAGAAACAGCAAAGGGAAAGUGUGGUUCUGCUUUGUCAGUCUGUUUGGGAUUUGAAUGUGUAUCUACCAGUGUUUUGGGUUUUUUGGUGCCGACUUACUUGAUGUAAAUGCAAUGAAAACUUGACCAAUGCUGGUAAAUUAAAAAAAAAAAUGGA